AUGGCGUUUGAGAUGGCCGCCCAAAAGAAGUUGAUUAACGAGCUCAUUAGUAGUGGAGUGCAGCCCGAGCCUCCGUCCAUCAGACAACCGGAAUCCGAACCAUUUGUCAUUCCCCCAAUUCAAACUACUUUUGAGGGAGUUUUCAACCCGCAAUAUACUUACACUCAAAAUCUUCCGUUCUAUCCUCUCUAUGGGCAAGGGUAUCAGCCUCAAGGUGGUCAAGGUGGUCCGAGCAUGCCUCCAGAUCCACAAGCUUUUUAUCAGACUACCACAGAGCCUGUUGUGCCAGAGCACACUGUUCAAACUAAGCCGGAAGUGGGAGAGCCGUCUGCCCCGGUUGAUAUGAAGUUACUUAAGCGGUUGGAUCGUUUCGAUGAGUUCAUCAGAAAAAACCAAGGUUUAAGCAAGCAAGGGGUGUUAGACUACGAUGAUCUGUGCCUGUUUCCAAAUGUACAGCUGCCCGUGGGAUCCAAGACCCCGAAGUUCAAUAAAUAUGAUGGUACGGACAAUCCUAAGACACACUUGCGUUUGUUUGCCAACAAGUUGGGCAGACCAGUGGAUGAUGAAAACUUGCCAUUAAGGUUAUUUCCAGAGAGUCUAGAAGGCGACGCCCUUAUUGGUAUUCAAACUUAA